CAGUCAGGACUUCCUCAACACCUCCCACAGCAGCAGCAUCGUACGCGACACUCGUUGAGUCCUCGACCAACUUGCAAUCCUUUGUUCCAGAAAUUCUGCGCUGCAGCGAGGCUGAGUGGCCACACGGCUUGAGUGAACCCUGUCGCGGAUAGCUGCAUAUCAGCAGUAGCAUCAGACAAAGAAGAGCUUCUUCCAUCACCAUACAUCGCGAGACCUGAGAAUCGUCAAUCUGGAUGCAAUGAGGUAACUCGACGAUGGAAACAACGGACGAGAGAGCGCAACGGGGUCCCUUCAUGGGCGAUACUCAACCAGGCCAAAUGACCGCUCGAACAGUACCAAUCCUUCAAACUCCUAUCCUACAGACCUCAGCUCCGCCUGUCGGUGACCCAAUGGAGGUGACACCUCCUGCGACGAGUUCGAUGGCUCCCCCCUCUCGAACAAGCCCAGAUACAGAUGCAAACGGCGUACAUGAUCAAAUGAUGAUGGGGGAUCAGCCAAGUUCUGGCAGUCUGGCAGGACCUAAUGCUGCUGCUGCCGCCGCCGCAGGUGCUCAACAACCUAAAGUAGUACAGACUGCUUUCAUCCACAAGCUGUACAAUAUGUUAGAAGAUCAAAGCAUACAGCACCUGAUAUCAUGGUCGAAUUCAGCUGAAAGCUUUGUAAUGUCUCCUUCCAAUGACUUUUCCAAAGUCCUUUCACAAUAUUUCAAGCACACAAAUAUCUCGUCAUUCGUGCGACAAUUGAACAUGUACGGCUUUCACAAAGUCAGCGAUGUCUUUCAUACAGGGUCACCCGAAUCUCCUUUGUGGGAAUUCAAGCAUGGAAAUGGUAAUUUCAAACGGGGCGACCUCAUUGGCCUCAGAGAGAUCAAACGCAGAGCAUCAAGACAUGCUUUGGUACACAGAGAUUCAUAUUCUGCUCCGAAACCCCCACUUUCGCAACCCGGUACACCAGCAGAGCCAAUGCUAUCGAUGCAAGAGUCGACCGAGUCGAGAUUAACCCAUCUUGAACAUAAUUUUUAUGAGGUGCAUGCUAGGCUUGCAAGAAGCGAGGAUAAUUCGCAAUUCAUGCAUGUCAGGAAUCAAGUGGUUAUGGAAGCUUUGUCUAGAUCGCUCCAACUUAAUCAUGACAUGUCUCGAGCUAUCCUCUCACUUAUUCCUAAUCCAGAUACACCUCUACACCGGGAUGUCAUCAAUAUGCAAGCCGAGAUACAACGACAAGUUGAUGUUAUCCGAACUUUAGAAGAGCCUCCCGAACCUCCUUUUUCGGGAAGUCGGCCCUAUUUCUCCAAUCUCUCACUCGAUAACGCCCCCGUCUCGCCUCGACAAAUCCCACAAGAUGAUCCUCGUCGUGCCCCGACCAUGGGAGUACCCCCUCGACAGAACUACUAUCGGCCGCCCGUUCCCUCUCACUUAUCGAUUACUCCUCGCCGAUAUGGGUCGAUUGGGGCUAGCACGUCACAAUCGUCUCCAAGCUCACUCAGAUCUCAAGCUCCUCCCCCACCUCCACCUCCUCAUCCUCUAGCAACUGUAGCAUCGCCGCCAACCAACCUUCCUCGACGCCAUACUUCAGCAGACAUUCGAAACGUACAAGGUUGGCAAGCGAAUGCCUCUUCACCAUUUGCUUCUGGCCAGUCCUCAAGCCAGUGGCCUUCAUCACCCAAGAGAGGUCCGAUAGUUCUAAAUGAGGACCAACACAUACGUGAUAGUUUCAGCUCUUACUCACUUACACAAGCAUCAUCUCAAGGCCGCACCGAAGGAUCCCGGCCAACAACCCCUCCUCCCUAUACGAAUGGAAGUACUGUCGACCACCUAAACAGCUGGUCUUGGGGAUCCUCUCGAGAUAAAAGUGGUGGCACAGGUCUAUUCAAAGAUAACUCCGGCCCACCAACUAGAAGGGGUAGCAUGGCACACAUUCUCAACCCAGCCGAGACCGCCGAACGAGACGAAGAACACGAAGAAGAGAUGAGAGAAGAAGAUAGGAAGCGAAAGCGCUUGCAGUAAUAUAGCAUGCCAUCAAUAUUCUACUUUUGCAAUAACGACACUCACGCUUUACCUUCCGCUUUUAAUAACGUAUCAUAACAUAGGGAAAUGGGUUUUGGGAGGCAACAAUUCCUUUCUGUUA